AUGCUACCGCCCGCAGCACCAACACAACCACAGGCUCCAUCACAACCGCAAGCCCCAGCACAACCACCGCCCAAUGUUUCCGCACCCCCGCCAUCGCCAGAAGAUCAGGAAAGAUUGCAGAGAAGACUCAAUGCAUUACUAGAGGAUCAGAUAGCCAUCCAGAGAGCCGCCGAGAGCUCGGUAGCAGCACUCAAGGAAUCGCCAGCUACUGAAGCCCCCAAACCUCCCUCACCAGAGCCCGAACCGGAACCAGCCAAGAAAACCGAGUCCCAAGAUCCCAUUGCACGCGUACCCGACGAGCACUUGCCUUCGCACCGUGAGAGGCAGAGAUGGAGCAUUUUGAAGCGCUUCUCUGAUGCCAUGGACGAACUGCUACCCAAGCUUGCUGUAGUAACACAAAAGGUCAACACAUAUACCGGUACCGACUACUCAGGAGUAGAAGCCCUCCGAAGGGAAAUCAAAGAACAAGAAAAGCUCGUAAAAGCCCGCCGUUCAGCCAUUGACGCUGCCAAACAAGCCCUCGAUACUGCCCUCGCUCACCAGGCCACCUCACAGAAAGAAGUCGUCGCUCUCCUCGAACGGAAACACUCGUGGUCAAAUAGCGAUCUCGAACGCUACAUGGCUCUUAUCCGAUCUGAACACCUCAAUGACCAGGCCGUCCGGGAAGCAAAGGAUGCCGUUGCAAACGCCGAGAAUGCCUUGGAGGAUGCACGGGCGCAGCUGGAAAAGAGAGAGCGUGCACAGUACCAUGAGGAACAAAUCUGGAGUGAUACUAUCCGCAGGAACAGCACCUGGGUUACCUUUGGACUGAUGGGCGUCAACAUCUUCUUGCUGCUGCUCAGUCUAGCAAUCCUAGAGCCCUGGAGAAGAAAGAGAAUGGUCAAGGAGAUCAAGAACGCGUUGGAGGCGCAGCAGAAAAUUGCUUCCGAAGCUGCAUCUGCGGCCGCUGCAGCGGCUGCAACACCUGCUCUUAGCAGUCAGGGACUUGCAGCCAUGGAGAGGGAGGCCGAGAGGGUUGUUGAGCACGCCCAUGCCCCUACGACAGCUACUGUACCUGUUGCACCUGCUGUAGUGGAAGAGGUUGUUGAAGAGCCUAUUGAAGAGUUGCCAGCAGCUGCAGAGCCAGAAGUUGUCCCCGAUGUUGUCGCAGAAACCCUUGUUGAGCCGGUGCCGGGAGUCACUGAAUUCAGCCCAGAAGAAGAGACCUUGACGCCCGAGGAGAAAGUCACCGUGGCCAGGGAGGCUGCUCCGUCCUAUCAUCCCUAUAGUAAACUGGAGACUUGGCAGGAAAAGGCACACUACAUUGCCAAUGAUUUGCUCAGCGAGCGUGUCAUUUCCAUGCGGAGAAUCGACUACACGACUGCUGUUUUACAAGGUGCUGCGGCGGGAGCCGUCAUUACUGCUACUCUGAUUGCUAUGCUUAGACCCAAUUAA